AUGAACAACACAGUAACCCCAAGCCCCUCGAAGCCUCGCACUAUCAAACGGAAAGCAGCUCCUCGGUUCGCACUAGAACCAGAACCCCAAGUCAUCGUACUUGGCCCUGGAGAAUUUCCUACGCAGAAGUCGGACAGCACCACCAAUGACAACCUCGCUGUUUCGUCGACCUGCAUAUCUUCCCCCAAUGCCCCACAGUUCGACAUCGAAGGAACGUUCCAAAUGAUCCUCGGUUCUGCCAGACUUCUCCGCGAAGCCGCAGACGCACAGGACAUCGAAUCAAUCCGUUCUUUGUCGCCGACCUUUUUUCGCAGCUUGACUACGAUUUUACGGUCGAUGUCGCGGCUCCCACGGGACGUUCUAAACGCUUCAGGCUACAGGAACGCGGAGUGCGGAGUCCAGCACUACAAGCUGCUCUUCAUGAGUCAUGUCCAGCUCCUUGACAACAAGGACUUCGAACUGGGUUGCAGGAGGCAAUUUACUUGGAAGACUCUUGGAUGUUUAGGUGCUGUCAUGUCUAGCCUGAAAAGGCUCAUGCAAGUUGCCGAGCGCGAGAUGCGUCAACUAAAGCCCCUUCCUGAUACUCCCGAAGAAUGUGAAGAGGACGUUGAAGCGGGGGAGGUAGAUGGGGUAAAAGCGGAAGAAGCGGAAGCUGAUGGCGACCAGUUCUAUGGAGCUCGCCGAAAUUCUUUACUGUCAGGGGAUACUCACCAGACCAGUGAAAGAUCAUCGACGGACAGGACAUGUGUUGAAGAGGUAGACGAAAUGGGUUCUCUUGUCAAGCCCCCAGCGGUCAAACGCACGAAACGGGGACUGGCCGCUAUCCUUGGGCCACUUUCAUUCAACUUGCGCCGCAAGAUCUCGCAGCCAUUUUUGAAGGCGGACAAAGUGGUAUCUAUCGAGAAGCUCGCGACUCGCGCAGGGCAUGCUCGCGCAACUGCGAGUAUCAGGGACUCGAUUGCCCUCUUUCCCGAGUUAUUUGACAGCAAGCUGGAGAAUUCCUUCCCUCACCCAGAUGAUAGUACGGACCUCUUCCUGGACAGGAACGGUGUUCUUCAGCUUGCCUCGUUGAAGGGCCUUGUCAGGUAUCUAACAUCUGCAGUCUCCGAUGAUGACCUGGAGCUCCCAGAUGUCUUCUUCCUCUGCUUCCGCUACUUCUCGACUCCAACACUCGUUCUCGAGGCUUUCAUAGAGCGAUACAAGGAGAAUUUGUUUAGUUGCUCGUCUCCCGACCAAGUUCCCAUUCAGUCCAUGCACGUCAAGAUGCGUGUAGCUCGCUUGCUUAACCAGUGGGUCGAUCUUCAUUGGCGCCACUCGGAAGAUCAAGAGGUCUUCGCGCCUCUCCUGCAAUUCGUAUUCUCUGAUCUCUCUCGAGAUCUCCCCCGCAAUGUCUCCUCGAAACUUAUCGACACAUUGCACAACGCCGCGUGCGCUAACGAAUACAACGGACGUCGCCUCGAGAAGACGGUUCAACUCAUUCAAGGCUCUUCGCCAGCUGAAGAGUUCCGUAGCUUAUGGGAACCUCGCGAUAAGAAGGCAAUGGUUAAGGGGGAGUUUGCAAAGAUCAAGUUGUCCAACUUCGAUUCUCCUCAAGGAAUGGAACUCCUGACCCAUCAACUCACCGUCAUCUUGUGGGAGAAGUACCAGGACUUCCAGCCCGAGGAUGCUGCGCGCUUUUGGGUGGAGGAGGCAACCGGAAAAUCCACUUAUGGCAUUUCCAAUGACGCUGGCACGAAGGUGACCACUUAUGCUUCUUUUGAGAAGGCCCUUCACCUUUGGGCACUGGACGUCAUCGUGUCUGCGCAGUCGAUGGAGGAUCGUAUCGAGAAGGUUCAGUUUAUCUUGGAGUGGGCACGGGAAUGCCACAUCAUCAGAAACUACGCUGGUUCAUGGGCAUUGUUUUCCGCGUGCGACAGACAGAGUUUGGUUGGCUCUUUGUCGAACAUCGGUGUUAGGCAUGAAGAGAUUCUACUCGCCCUGCGCCUCUUUUUCAGCUACACAAACCGCAUGAAGGCCUACAAGGACGCGAUCCAAAGUAGCGAUGGACCCACUCUCCCAACCCUUGUUCUUUUUGUAGGCGACGUGAAGCGCCAGUGUGGUAACGAGGAACGCGUAGACCACCCAAAUGCGCCGGGACAUAAGCUCAUCAACCUAAGGCGUUACCGCCCUCUCACGCGAGCUAUCAGAGAUAUGGAGAGAUGUCAUGCCCCCUAUUACAUCCAGCGUGUGGAUUACGUCUGCCAAUGGAUAGAGGAGGUCAUCUGCUCUUACCUCAGUCGCCCGGAAGCGGAAUGGGAGGACAUAUUCUAUGACAAAAGGUAUGAUUCUGUAUCCUGCUCUAGACGUUCAUGA